CAGAUAAAGCCACCAUUGCUACCAACAUAAACAACCUAACCUAAAAGUUGACUUUACAAUAAUGUUUAAGUGCUAAAUUAUCGUCAUGGCACGAACUAUUUUCAAAAUUUUCACAUUAUUGUCAAUUUGCGCACUCACCCCUUUGACGUUUUGUGACGACUCCGAAGCCCCUCAAGACCCAGAAUCUGAAACAGAAAAAGCAGAACUGAGCAUCGACGAUCCUUCACAUAAUCUCACGUCGUUCACUAAUUCCACAAUCGAGACUAAUGCAGCAAAUUCGACCACCGUCAACACUACUGAAACGACGAAUGUCACCCACAAAAUCGUUCAGUGUUUACCAGACUAUGGAACUUCUGAAGUUCAACUAGUCAAUGACACUGAACUCAUCAAACUUCUUUUGAUUCAGACCAACAUCACCAGCCGCGAUAUCCCCGCUAAUUGUGUCCUGGUGCUAUUUUACUCGAAAUAUUGUCCUUUUUCCAGCAUGGCAGCCCCCCAUUUCAACGCACUCCCGCGGGCCUUCCCUGAUGUUAAAAUGGUUGCUAUAAAUGCCAUGGUUUACCAUUUGUUUAACACCCAGAAUGGUAUUGUGGGUGUUCCUACUUUGAUGCUUUUCCAUAAUGGCAGACCCAUGGCUAAGUUUAAUGAGUCUGAGUAUACUUUGGAGUUGUUUUCCAAGUUUGUGACGAAGCAUACGGGGAUCCCGGCAGCUGAAAAGUCGACUGUUACGUCGGCUGAUUUCAGCGGACCUGUUACUAGUGUUCCGGCGAAAGAUAUAGACGUGUUUUUGAUUAUAUCGUGGAUUUUUAUCAUAUUGUGUAGUUCGUAUUAUUUUAGUAAGUCUAAGUUUUGGAGGUGGUUUGUGGAGACAGUUCAGAUUAAUUGGAGGGAAUCAGAAGCUCAUGCCCAGCACGAACACGCGGAGUGAGGGGGAUUUUGCGAAAAUUAUUUAUUUAAAAGUUGUUAUAUUUGUUUAUUCUGUAUAAAUAAAUUUUCAAAGAAA